UUCUUCAACUUUUGCGCAACCACAAACUGCAGAUGGGCUUUAGAGAUAAACUUGAUUCACUUGUACAUGGUGGUGUUCAGCAACCGGCUUCCCAUGAACGCAAGAAGAAUUACGAACUAGGAGAGGUCCUUGGAAGUGGCUCAUACGGAUCAGUCAAGCGGGCAACACGUAUAUCUGACGGUCUUGAAGUUGCCGUCAAAAUCAUUCCCAAGAAGAAUGUCACUGGUCACUUCGACAUGGUUCUUAGCGAAAUGAACGUCUUGAAGGGCGUUGACCAUCCCAACAUUAUUCACUUUUAUGAUUGGUUUGAAUCAAGAGACAAAUUCUAUCUUGUUUUCGAGCUGGCCACAGGUGGUGAACUCUUUGAUCGAAUUUGCCAACGUGGAAAGUUCACUGAAAAAGAUGCCGUGGAAGUUAUAAAAACCGUCCUUUCUGGUUUAGAGUACCUUCAUAAUCACAACAUUGUACACAGAGAUCUCAAGCCCGAAAACUUGUUGUAUAAAACUGACGAUCAACACAGCGCACUGGUGAUUUGCGACUUUGGUAUCGCAAAGACCGUUGAAGACGCCGCUUCAGUCAUGACGACUGUUUGUGGAUCACCGGGCUAUGUUGCCCCAGAAGUGCUACUUCGAAAAGGAUACGGCAAACCUGUUGAUAUUUGGGCUAUCGGAGUGAUCACAUAUACACUUUUGUGUGGCUAUCAACCCUUCCAAGCAGAGGACCAAGCGGAAAUGUUGACCCAAAUUACAAAUGCUCACAUCGAAUUCCAUGACCGUUAUUGGAGAAACGUCUCACAAGAAGCCAAAACUUUUAUCAGGGAGCUCAUGAACCCCGUUCCGGAAAAACGUCUGACUGCCACUGAAGCUUUGAACUCGCCAUGGAUUUCCUCCAACUCUCCCAAGGAUGAUUAUGAUCUCAUCGAUCAAGUGCGCGAAAACUUCAACCCACGAGCUAAAUUUGCUGGAGCCAUCAAGGCAGUUGCGGUCAUGAAUCGCAUGAAGACAGUCCAUACUGAUACGUCCAAGUUGGUUGCUCACGACGAGGCCAGUAUUACUGAUAUGAUUGCGGAAAAUGAAGAAGCACUUAACUAGCGCUUUGUUUCCUGAAUGGCCAUGAACCUGUUUAUCUCAUUUUUGAAGUAGCCCAUCUUGUUGUUCUAGCAUUUUAAUCAACGCUAUAUCUAUUCUUACCAUGCUCCACUGUACUUUUUAUAUAACUGCAGAAAGGUUUACCCAAUAUUUAAGAACGAUUCUGACAAAUGCUGGGCACGUUACUAUGUGGAUGGGUUUUGGGUUACCUAGGUGUAUUCAUGACCUAUCAUAUCGGAAGCCACGUUAAAGCCCAAAAAUUAUGAUCUAUGAAGGGACAGCAACCAUCAGUUCAAU